CGAGGCUUUUAGCUGGGGCUCCUGCGGCUCGAAUUAGGGUUUCUGGUCCAGGGGUGAAAUACCUAUAAACUCAUACAUACGAGGAUAUGGCUCCUUCUCCACCAAGCACUGGCCUUUUUGUGGGAAUAAACAAAGGUCAUAUAGUGACGAAGAAAGAAUUGGCCCCUCGUCCUUCAGAUAGAAAGGGGAAAUCCAGCAAGAGAGCACAUUUUGUGAAGAACAUUAUUAGGGAAGUUGCUGGCUUUGCACCCUAUGAAAAGAGGAUAACUGAGCUUCUUAAGGUUGGGAAGGACAAGCGUGCAUUGAAAGUUGCAAAGAGAAAGCUGGGUACCCACAAAAGAGCAAAGAAGAAGAGAGAAGAGAUGGCUGGUGUUCUCCGGAAGAUGAGGGCUGCUGGAGUUAGUGAUAAGAAGAAAUGAAGUGCCUCUUUUGUCUUGUGAAAGUGCAACCACCAAUUUGUACUUACUGCGACUCCUGUGUUGUGAAAGUUCUUUGUGAUUUUUGUUAGUGAGAGAAUUUGAACCUAUAUCUCAGUUCUGACUGUUAGGUAUUUAGACCUGCUCAAUGAUGGGUAUCUUUUAAUUUUUUGGAGAGUUUAUUAUGCUAUCAUGAUUGUAUUAGUUAACAGUAUUCUCUGUAGGAAUCGGGUAUGUUUAGACUUGUUAACUCGGACUUGGUUUCUGAGUAACUGGGAAAUCAUUAGAAACUUUGAAUGCUUAUUGACAAUACUACAGAGGUUAAUGGAAAAAUUUAAGUAUGCACUGCAAUGGAAA